CUAUUUGGUCUCUGGCAUGAGUACGCCCCUCUUAUCCCUUCUCUCAUCCGAGAUGGCUUUUCCAUCCCUUCCAUUGAAGAGGCCACCGGCAUUACUGGGGUCGAGCAGAAUCGCCUUGUCGUUGCAGCCCAGGUGCGCGAUUCUCUUGUUCAAUCUAACGCCGAACCUGAAAUUCUUUCCGCUUUUGACACCGGCGGAUCCGAAUUGCUCUACGAAAUCCGGCUUCUCAGUGCAUCGCAACGCGUCGCAGCUGCCCGUUACAUUGUCAUGAACAACCUUGACGGUCAGGGGGCUCAAGAUCUAGCCCGCGCAAUGAAAUUUCCCUCGCAGGCGCGUGACAAGGGAUGGGCAAGCUUCGAUUACAAUAUUCCGGGUGACUGCCUGUCUUUCAUGUAUUACCGGCAGAGCAGGGAACAUAGGAACCCAUCGGAGCAGAGAACUGCUGCUUUAGAGCAGGCGCUGAGCGUUGCCGAAACCGAAAAGGCAAAAAGUGAAAUUUUAGAGGAAUUGAAAGGAAAGGCGGGCGAAAAGGAAGAAGUAGAGGAGCAAAUUGAAAUAGGGGUCCGGGUGCCGGUGGUGAGGUUGAAGAUGGGGGAGGUAGCAGAGGCUAGUUCGGUGGCUGUUGUGCCAGUUUGUAGGGCGGAGGAGAGAGCGGAGCUUACGGAAGCACCGGUGGAGUGCACAAGUGAAGGCGUGUUUGGCGUGGUGGUGGCAGAGAAGGGAUGGAAGAGAUGGGUGGUGCUGCCCGGAUGGGAGCCUGUGUUGGCUUUGGGAAAAGGAGGUGUGGCGGUAUCGUUUGCGGAUGCAAGGGUGUUGCCGUGGAAGGUGAAUAGGUGGUAUAAGGAGGAGCCCAUAUUGGUGGUGGUUGACAGGAGUCGGAAGGAAGUGGCUGCCGGUAAUGGAUUCUAUUUAGCGGCGGUUGAUGAUGGCGGCGACGGUGCUGAGGGCUUAAAGGUGGAGAGAGGGUCUACGUUGAAGAGCUUGGGUGUGGACCAUACUUUAGGAACUGUGGUAGUGGUAGUUAGGCCUCCUAGAGAAGAGAACGAUGAUCAACUAAGUGAUGAAGACUGGGAAUGAAAGGAUAGGAACCGGGCAACCGUCUGUUCAAAUUUUGUUUCAUACAUCACUCCUUGAAAUUCUGUCUAAACAGUCCGGAGACUCAGUUCUGAGUUUCUCAUGUUCCAAAUUCUGUGUUUUGUUGUAAUUUCUGAUUUCUUAGGUCUGUUGGAAAUAGAAUAAUAUAGCACGGGACUUUUAAAUUCUUCUCCUUUAUUUCGAUCAAUUCAUUAUUGUAUUCUCUUUA